ACGGCCCUCCCUCCCUCUCUAUCUCCGUGAAACCAAUGCAAACCUCAAUCGUCUUUGCCUUCCAAUAUCUGUAAUGUGCAUAUAUAUAUAUAUAUGUAUAGCACACACAGAGCACUAGUAGUCGAAUACGAAUCAAACUACAAUCUCUCUCUCUCUGUCUCUCUGAAAAUUUCAAGCAAGCGAUGGGUUUUCCAGUAGAUUAUUCGGAACUUCUCGUCCCAAAACUCCUCCUCCACACACUUUGCGCACUCAAUUUCGCAAAAAAACUGGCCUCAUCGCUGUUCCGAUUUCUGGGUCUCCCCCAUUUUCUGGAGCCAGACAUUGCGUGGCAGCCCCGACCCGAAUGCCCCUCAGUGUCCGCGGUGCUGAUCCGGGAGCUCCUGCCGGUGGUGAAGUUCUCGGAUCUGGUCGACCAGCCCGAGAGCUGCACGGUGUGUCUUCACCAGUUUGACGGAGACGAUGAGAUCCGGUAUCUGAUCAACUGCCACCAUGUCUUCCACCGGAGCUGCAUCGACCCGUGGAUGGACCACGACCACUGGACCUGUCCUCUCUGUCGGACCCAGUUCAUACCCGACGAUUUGCAGGACGGAUUCAACGAGGAGCUCUGGUUCGCAUCGGGGAUUUCCGAUUUUUACCGCGCGUAACAGACCGUGAUGAUAGAUAUAUGUAUAGAAUGUGUGUGUGUAUAUAUAUAUAUAUACUAAAAGCAAAAAUAUAAUCGAGAAAUAAAUGGAUAAAAGAAAAGAAAAAAAAAGCAUUU